AUGUACGCGGUGGCAAGAAAAACUUGUUGUCGAUCAUGCUUUGACUGCUCCGAAAAUAUACAAUGUCGACGAACCGUACAAAAAAGAUGUCAGAAAGUGCUGGCUAAAAAAGGAAAAUCGCAGGUUGGUGUCAUAGCUAGCGGCGAAAGAGGUGUGAAUACUACAUUCGUAAGCUGCGCAAGUGCUGCAGGUCAAUACGUGGCACCGAUGGUAAUUUUCAAAAGGAAAAGGAUGGCGCCAGAGCUGGCAGAUGGAGCUCCCCCAGGAUCACUGGUCGAAAUAUCGGAUACUGGUUACACUAACGCCGAUUUGUUUGUUACUUGGUUACAACAUUUCAUUGCUGCAGUUACACCUUCAAAAGAGGAUAGAGUGCUUUUAGUUUUAGAUGGACACACCACACAUUCGAGAGAUUUAGCAGCCAUUGAGAUGGCCCGCGAGAAUGGGGUUAUUAUUUUACAGCUGCCAGGUCAUACCACCCAUCGUUUACAACCACUUGAUGUGGCAGUAUUUAAGCCAUUCCAGGUCUAUUAUGACCAGCGGAGAAAACAAAAAGCAGUAGCGGAAAGCAAGGACGCUGACGAUACACCUUCGAGUGAUGAUGAUGUGCCCUUGGCGCUUUUAGUUGAAAAACCGAAAUCGUGCGCCACCUCUGAAACUCAACCACCCGAUGCUUCUUUCGAAGACAUUCUACCAAUUCCAAAUAGUCCUGGCAAUCAGAAAAAUGCAAGUAAACGUGCACAAGCAGCAAAAGUUUUAACUUCAACCCCACAUAAGGACGAAUUAAAAGCAAAGCAAUCUACUAUCGAAGAAAAGAAAAAUAGGAAUAGCCAAUGGCCAACCGGAAAAAAAGUAAAAAGGAAAAAUGCUUCGUAUGGUUCAAAUGACGUAGUGGUAAAAAUAGUAGAGGAUUAG